AUGUCCAACCAAAGACAGGCCUCAUCGGCCUCCCAAGUACCGCACCUCUCUCCCGCCGAGCUCUCCUACCUGUACACCUCACUCUCGCUCCCAAAAUCAUCGAUCCGCCCGGACGGCCGUUCACCAACCCAAUUUCGGCCAUUGACCGCCGAAACUAACAUUUUGCCGGGAACCAACGGCAGUGCACGCGUCGGUUUCGCAGACGGGACGCAGGCGAUCGUCGGCGUCAAGGCCGAGGUCGAGAAGACGGUUCUGUCGAAUGAGACGGUCGAUGCGCGCAGUGAAUUUGGGAUCAGCGAGGAUCGCGGGGAGCAGGAAGGAUCUGCUGCUGUUGGUGGGCAUGGCUCGUGGGUGCAGAUGUCCAUUGAGAUCCCCGGGUUCCGGGACGACGAUGCGCUGCCCGUUUUUCUGUCGGAGAUGAUGCGAGAGAGCUUGGUUGGCGCCGUCGGCUCUGCGGAGGCGAGCGAUAUGACCGGUGGGCUUAAGGGGCGACUGGUCAUUAAUAAACGGUGGCAUUGGCGGUUGUAUAUUGAUGUCCUGCUUCUCUCACAACCUCUGUCAUACCCUCUUCCCCUUCUCUCGCUAACUACCCAUCUGGCCCUCUUAUCUACAAAACUUCCCAAACUGAAGUCUCAAGGCGAGGAGGAUCCUUUCUUCGACGAUGACUGGGCCGUCGCCGAGUACCUCUACCCGCGUGUGUCUCUUUCCAGCGCAAAGCACUCCGCCCGCUCACCGUUUGUCCGUCCGCCGGUGACACUGCUCGUCAUCUCCGUCGGCGAGAACAUCAUCUUCGAUCCGAACCGGGAAGAAAUUGCCGUCGCGGAUGCCGUUCUGGCUAUCUCCAUCACCCGCGACAGCGAAGCAGGCAAUCUGAAGCUGCUUUCUAUCCGCACGGUCGACCCUCCAUCCCGGCUUACCCAGCCGGGUAUUCCCAACUCGGAGAACGUGAAUAUGCUCGGCGCUGUGGCAUCCACGGAAGACGUGGCUGUCUUGAACCCGGCUACGGGCGAGGAAGAGGUGCCUGGCGUAUGGCGGCCGCGACGUGGCGGUGUCAAGCGCAGUGUCAUUGCGGAGAUGGUGAAGACUGUGCUGAAGAAGGGUGGUGUUGGUGAAGAGGUGUUGGAGGGAUUGGAGGGGGUGGAGGUAUCAUGA